AUGGACCUCCGCUAUGGCGCGCGGCACACUGGAUCCGGCACCAUGGGCGCGUUGGGGUUCUGCCCCAUUGUAGAUGAGUUGCAGGCAUUUAACUUGACAGGAAUGGGGUCGGUGCUUUCCAGCGUGCAAAUGGGUGGGAACGCUUCCCUCAUCGUCUACGGGCAAGGAAAAGCAUCGAAUCCAACGACGGAAUACUCCAAUGAGACGCUCUACGCGGAGGUUUCAGACAAGUGUAAGGUGGGGGAAUUGGCAGUCGUCAAUUUUUUGUUGUUUCGUUUGUCAAUGACACUUGGACAAUAUACGUACGCAAGCAACACAUCUUACCCGGAGAGUGCUGGAUUUGAACCCACGUGUGAUAAGCAUGAUCGGUGUCCGUAUGUCUCCGAUAGUGUUUGUAUUGGACACAGUGGAAGUCGUAACUGCGCCAGGUGCUAUUCAGCGGAGUCAUUGAAAUCAGCGCAGACGAUCGUGUGGGCCUCAUAUUACGGUACGGACCGUGGUGGCAAGGUGUUCAGGAGCGGUGAGUCGAAUCCAGCGCAGUUCCAGAAGUUUAGUAUUGGUGCCUUGGAUGCAAUGGCGAGAUUUAUCGGUGAAUAG